AUGAUGGUGACCCCAAACAAGGCAACCUCCAUCAACAACACUCCGAACAGCAAUCACCAUCUCUCGAACGGAGGAACCGCCACUGGCAACUCCUCAGCUACCAGCCCCCUCUCGGUCGCCGCCACUGCAAACAAUAAUGAGCAAAACCAACAAUGCGUUGUGCGAGAACAAGACCAAUACAUGCCCAUUGCUAAUGUGAUACGAAUCAUGAGGCGGAUUUUACCCUCCCAUGCAAAGAUAUCCGACGACGCCAAAGAGACCAUCCAAGAAUGUGUGUCGGAGUACAUUAGCUUCAUCACUGGCGAGGCGAACGAACGAUGCCAGCGGGAGCAACGCAAGACCGUGACAGCGGAGGAUGUCCUUUGGGCUAUGGGGAAGUUAGGUUUCGACGACUACAUAGAACCGCUAACUGUUUUCCUUAACCGCUAUCGGGAGUCAGAGAGUGACCGAAUUCGCACUGAACCAAUCUUGAGGCGCAAUGUGGAUUAUGGGCCACAAGUGGGGAUGAUAUCGCCAUACGGGCAGGCGUUUCAGAUAGGGCACGUCCCAGCGGGGAUGUUCGAUGCAAUGGGUGGAUACUAUGGUGGAGGCGGAGGCGGUGGGCCGAGCGCAGGGAACGGCAGCCAGCUUUGAUAUGAGUUUGAAGUAGAGGGUCGUACUAAUUUGAAAUGAAAGGCUACAUAUAAUGAAUAA